UGUAGGUAGCCGCGAUUUUCAUUGUAUAUUAUUUAUUUGUAAGAACAUCUUGUUUUUUAAAUAUAAAUAUACAAUCAGAUCGAAAUGAACCAGUUUUUGAAAAAUUGCAGAUCUCUUCUUACCCAACAGGUAUCUAGAAUCGUUGUUAUCGGAAACGAAAGCUGUGAUUUGGACUCUGCAGUUUGCAGUAUUUGCCUUGCUUUCCAUCUGUCCAAAUGUCCGAGCUUAUUCAAUUCUUUCAGGAACUAUCACUUUAUUCCCGUGUUAAAUGUUAGCAGAAAAGAUUUGCCGUUAAAAACAGAGGUUGUAUUUUAUCUACAUGAGAAUAAUAUCAGCAUACGUGACUUGAUAUGUAAUGAUGAAAUCGAACUCCCAGAAGCAAUGUCUAAUGAAACCAAGCUCAUUUUGGUGGAUCAUCAUCUAUCCAAAUAUCGACAGAAUGUAAUAGGAGUGAUUGAUCAUCGCCCGUUCGAUUCAUAUUCUAAUUUGAAUGAAAACGUAUAUAAACAUAUAGAAUUAGUGGGAUCAUGCGCCUCACUUGUCUUAAGAAUAAUCGAUCAAUCGAACGUUCUAAAAAAAAAUAAAGCAGACUAUAUCUCUACAUUGAAUUUGCUUUACGGAGCGAUAAUCUUAGACACUUUCAAUUUGUCGAAGCAAGCGGAUAAAGCUCGCAAAACUGACAUUGAAAUGGUGCAACUAGUCGAACAAAAUCUUUGCUUGUGUGAUGUGACUAACAGACGUCAAACUUUGCUUGAAAUUCUUAUUGCAAAGAGAAGCGAUGUAUCUAGUUUGAAUUCUCUUCAAAUUCUUUCUAAAGAUUCGAAAACUGUUGUCCGAAAGGGUCUAACUGUCUUAAUACCUGGUUAUCCUCUUCUUGUCCAAGAUUAUGUUAAACUAGAAGAUGCAGAAAUAAAUCUCCAGAAAUUUGCCAGAAUGACCGGUGCCAAUGUAAUUGUGCUCAUAGGAAUGAGAAUGGAUCUAGCAAAGAACGAUAACGCUAACAUGAGAAGAGAUUUGGGCAUAAUUAAUGUCAAUAACCAGGAUUUAUUUCAAAAGAUCUUAAAAGAAUUAACCUCAAAUAAUACUGUUGAUCUUUGUUUGGAAAAGAACAACGAAAUUGAAUUUCUUGGAGGAGCUUUUUAUGACCAACGUAAUGUGGUGUACACAAGAAAACAAAUUUUACCGCUCAUUUGUGAUAUUAUGGAUAAGUUCUAGACGAAAGUGAUCUGUAAAUUACUUCAACGACGAUGACCUCAAGAUCUACCGUGUUAUUCGCAACUCAGAGGAUGCGACUUUUCUUCAACGACAAAUGGCAAUCUUUUCGGAUUGGUGCAAAUUGAAUCACAUGACCAUCAAAUUGAAUCACAUGACGGCUAAGCAUUGUAUGGAUGUUUACUGCUUGAAAUUCUUAUACUAUUCACUCGUUCGCUCUACUCUGGAAUAUUGUUCUUCUUCUUCUUCCUUUCUGGUUGGCGUCACCUCACUUGAGAUGACGCCGAAUUUGAUGGCACAGCAACUAAGGCUAUAUUGCCAGUUAAUUUUCGUUUAUAGUCCAAUGGACUUUAUUUUCACUUGACUACAAGCGAAAAACUCGCUGUGUGGCUGCGUCGAAUCGUCAAAGUACGGCUGAAAAUCCUUUCUUGCGAAAUACUCGAAUUUUCUCCGGACUAACACGAUGCAACGUGCUCACCCGUUGAGAGUUUCACCGGAAGUGGAAUAUUGUUCAGCUGUUUGGAACCCUCACUAUCUCAAUGGCGUUAAUACAAUUGAGUCGAUUCAACGUAGAUUCGUUCGAUUCGCUCUUCUCCGUGUACCUUGGACCAAUCCUCAUCAACUACCGAGCUAUGAAAGUCGCGGAUUGCUUAUCGGUCUAGACACACUGCAAGUAAGACGGGAGCUAUCGCGUGCUUUAAUAAUAGCAGAUGUUUUGAACUAUAGGAUCGACUGCCCACUUUGCUCUGUGAAGUCAACAUAAAUGUUAGUCCUCGAGCUCUCCGCAACAACGCUUUUCUUCGACUUCCUUUACGCCGCACUAACUACGGGAUAAACAGUGCGAUUAUCGGCUUACAACGGUCAUUCAAUCGAGUGUCAUCUGAGUUCGACUUCAAUCUUUCACGGCAUAAAACAAGGGCCAAAUUCUUACAUAGUAUUAGAAUUAAUCAUUAGGAUCACAUCGUGUUUGUUGAUUUUACAAUAAAUAAAUAAAUAAAUAGUC